CAGCGAAACUUCUUGGAGCAGACACAGUGUAGGAAAGGCGUCGAAGCUGCAAUCACGCACAUCCAGAAGCCGAAUACAGUUUGGUAAACCUCGCUGAAGGACGUGGGACAACAGGUUAAAAGACAAGUAUACUGCAGUUGUGAAAUACUACGUGCACAUUAAUGUUCUCUCGUUUUAAAAGAGGUAAAAAAAGGAAAAAGAGAAUUCCAGAAAAAAGGAACUGUACCCGAUCCAAAAACAUUUUCUUAUUUUUGUCAGUCAAAUUUUAAGAAAUUCUAUAGGUUUUUGUUUAUAUUUCUUAAUUGCGCUUUAUAAUGUCUGGAUCAAAUGUGUUUCAACUACAAGGGGCUGUACAACAGUAUUUAUGGGGUAAAGUUGGGGGCGAAAGUAUGGUAGCGAAACUAUGCUCGCAAAGUGAUGCCAACUUUAUUAUUCAAGACGAACCAUACGCUGAGCUGUGGAUGGGUGCCCAUCCUAAAGCACCAAGCAAUGUGAUGGGAAAGCAACAAACAUUGCUGCAAUUUCUAAACGAAAACCCCACCCUGCUGGGUGAUAAAGUAAACUCACAAUUUGGAUCUCUGCCGUAUUUAUUUAAAGUGCUAAGUGUGAACAAAUCUUUAUCUAUACAAGCACACCCUAAUAAAGAUUUAGCACAAAAGCUGCACAAGGAAUUUCCUGAUAUUUACAAGGAUCCAAACCAUAAACCUGAAAUGGCAAUUGCUUUAACUCCAUUUGAAGCCUUGUGUGGAUUUCGGCCACUGAAUGAAAUUGUUAAUUAUAUUAACAAUAUACCUGAAUUAGCAACUGUUGUUGGUGAAAAUGCAGUAGCUAAGCUUAAAAGCGAAACCAAAUUAUCAAACUGCGUCAGUUCUGCGUUAAAAGAAUGUUUUUCAAACGUGAUUUUGUGCUCAAAAGAAGUUCGUGAAAAACAGCUUACUGGAUUGAUUACGCGAGUAAAAGAAAUGUCUUCAGAAAGUGGGGACUUGUCAUCAGUUAAUGGGGAACUAUUGUUAAAGUUGUAUUUCCAAUUUCCUGGGGAUGUUGGUUGUUUUGUGAUUUACUUCUUAAACCACAUUAACCUUAAACCAGCUGAAGCAUUGUUUCUUGGUGCUAAUGUACCUCAUGCUUAUUUAUACGGAGACUGCAUUGAAUGUAUGGCGUGCUCUGAUAAUGUUGUACGAGCGGGACUUACACCUNNGCUUGUAGAUGCUGGUACAUUAUGUGAGAUGUUAGAGUACAUACCAACAGCAGCUUCUGAGAGAAUAUUCUGUCCCUCUGCUUCACCUGAAACAAGUGAACUUGUGUACAAUCCACCCAUUAAUGACUUUGCUGUUAUAAAAGUUGAAGUGCAGGGUGGAAACUACAAUUUCCCUACGUAUGAAAGUGCGAGCAUUGUUCUGUUUAUCUCUGGUGAGGCAGAAAUUGUUGGAAGCCAAAAUCCAGUAAAACCUGGUGUGAUUUUGUUUGUACCUUCAAAUGCAAAGCUAGAAGUUAAAGUUACGAAACCACUCGUUGCUUAUAGAGCCUUAUGUUUGCUAUAAAUAAUGUCACAGUUUUGCCUAAACAGAUAUUUGAAAUAUUUUGCUGCUGGUGAUAUCAUACAUAUUAUAAUCACCAAAAACCUGAUCUGGUAAUAAAUUAGCACAGAUUUUGAAGCCAACGUUAACCUUGCAUGGCGGACGAAAUUUGUUUUUAUUUUUCAAUAAAAUCUAUGUUUAUUUAUGACAGUGGAUCAGUUUAAAAAAAGAUUUAAAAUUUAAUUGCCAAAAACUUGCUGAUCUUGCUGUGCAUUUUUUUACACUAAAACAAAAAUGACAUUGUGCUGUUUUAAUCCCAGUUUCAUUUAAGUUCAAAAUUCCAAUUGUUUAUCUAUAUGAGAUUGCAAAAUACUAGAUUACUUUGUUUCUGUAUGAUCGUAUUAUUUCGUACUAGAUUGUAUUAUAUAUAUCAUAUCAACUUGGAGCUAACAUGAAAUUAUAUGCUGUAGUGCUGUACUUGCCUGUACAAAGUAUUACUGGUCUAUUUGGCUCGGGUGUAUAAUAAGCUGCUUUCAACUUAAUGAUUUUUGGUGCUUUUGCUGCAGUAACAAUAAUGACAACUUACCUUUUAACUUAUGCACAAUGUGUUUAUGUUGUUCUUUAUAUUUCAUUACACAUUCUUGUAGAACAUCAUAUUACUACAUACAACUGCUACUGUGUUCUGCGUGGUUCAAAACAUAAUAUGUAUAAUAUUGGACGAACUGUGGCCUCGCCAGGGUAAUGGGCCAACUCGGACCUAACUCCCAGGUGCCAUGGAUUGCCUCGCUGUAGGACCUCACCCAUAUACAACAGAAUCUGCAUAUACAAUGUUGGGGUAAUGGCCAACUCUGGUCUAAACCCCAGGUCCCAUGGCAUGCCUCACUGUAGGACCUCACCCAUAUAGAAUAGAAUGUGCAUAUACAAUGUUGGGGUAAUGGGCCAACUCUGGCAUAAAUCCCAGGUUUCUGUUCUUCCUUGCUGUAGAACCUCACCCAUAUAAAGUAGAAUGUGCACGAACCAAGAUACUCUUAAGCUUUAUAUAUUUGUUGCUUAUCAUGAAUUAUAUUUACAG